AAAGCAAAGUGCCUCAUAACUAAACUCAAGAGCUAUCUGGUGCUCCCAGGUGUCCAGUAGUCAUGGCUCACUUUGCUCAGGUUCUGGAUGAAAUAGGUGACUUUGGUCGCUUUCAGGUACAGGUGACGAUCUUAUUGUGUGUCCCCACCUUCCUGUCUGCCUUCCAGAUUUUUGGCUACAUGUUCAUGAUCCAGAAUGAGGCCCACCAUUGUUCGGUGUCCUGGGUCCAGAACCACAUUUUCAACUGGAGUGCUGCUGAGCAGCUGGCCCUGAGUGUGCCUCUGGAUGCUACAGGCAGGCCCGAGUCUUGCCUCAUGUUUCGGCCACCCGCUGACAAUGCCAGCCUGGAGGACAUCCUCAGUCACCACUUCAAUGAGACACAGCCCUGUGAAACAGGCUGGGUCUAUCCUGAGCAUAAACCCCAAUCCCUAAUGAAUGAGUUCAACCUAGUCUGUGAGCGGAAGCACCUGAAGGAAACCUCGCAGUCCGUGUUCAUGGCUGGACUCCUCAUUGGAGCCCUCAUCUUCGGGCCCAUCAGUGACCGAACUGGCCGCAAAGCCACCUUGUUGAUGCAGCUGCUCCUGUUUGCCAUCGCGAGCCUGGCCACAGCCUUUGCGCCCAGCUUUGAACUUCACAUGGCCCUGCGCUUUGCUAUAGCUACAGCUAUCGGUGGAUAUAGCUUAAACAUUACCACUUUAAUUUCAGAGUGGGUGGGACCCUCAUGGAGAAUGCCUGCUAUGGUCCUGAACUUGACCGCCUUUGCCCUUGGGCAGAUGGUGCUAGCAGGACUCGCCUAUGGUGUCCGCAAAUGGAGGCUCCUUCAGAUCUCCAGCACUGCACCCAUCUUGCUGCUUUUCUUCUGCUUCUGGGUAGUGCCAGAAUCUGCACGGUGGCUCCUCAUUCAGGGGCGGAUGGAGGAGGCCAGGCAAUUGGUCCAGAAGGCAGCAUCAGUCAACAAGAGGGAACUCACCCCAGGGCUCCUAAGCCAGCUGGCUCCAGAGGAGAAAGGCCCCUCGGGGAAUGCCUUUGAUCUUUUCAGAUACCCUCAUCUCCGGAAGGUGACUCUGAUUCUUAUCUGUGUCUGGUUUGUGGACAGUCUGACAUACUAUGGGUUCAGUUUCCAAGUAGGAGACUUUGGCAUGGACAUCUACCUGACACAGCUCAUAUUUGGAGCAGUUGAGCUGCCCUCCCGAAUUUCCAGCAUCUUCUUAAUGGAGAAGUGUGGCCGAAAGUGGAGCCAGUCUGGGAUGCUGAUCCUGGGUGGCCUCAUGCAUAUUAUCAUCACCUUCAUCCCAUCAGAUCUGCCUGUGGUGGUCACCAUGCUGGCCAUGAUAGGGAAGUCUGCAACAGCUGCUGGCUUUACUAUCUCCUAUGUGUAUACUGCUGAGCUCUUCCCCACCAUUAUCCGGCAAACUGGCAUCGGGCUGGCGAGCAUCUUCUCAAGAAUCGGGGGCAUCAUCACUCCACUUGUGAUACUGCUGGGCAAGAACUACAUGGCCCUCCCCAUGCUCAUCUUCGGCAGCCUCCCCAUUGGGGCCGGUGUACUCUGUGCCCUGCUGCCAGAGACACAUGGCCAGAGACUGAAAGACACCAUCCAGGACCUGGAGCAAAGGCCCUCCCCACACAGGUCUCCAAAGGCAGCAGCCCUGGAAAAACAGAUGAAGAUCACAGCAAAAUCUUCUAGGCCAAAAGUGGCCAUUGUGAGCAGCACAUAUUUCUGAUCAUGGCUCCUAAGAGCUGGG